AUUUUUUUGAGAAAAAAUUUUGAUAGCUCCUGUAAAUCCGAAUUCUCAGAUGGCAGCGGCAGCCCAAACCUUAUCGUCACCGCCUUGCAUGAAUCUCACACCAACGAGAACCAAGCCUCUUCUCCACUCCUCACUUUCACCCACUGCAAUUCUCCCACUUCCUCUUCACCUUCAUCUCCACUACAAAAAACCCACAGCAAUCGUUUGCAAUGCCCAGUUGGACAAUUCGGUGGGCGAAGAACACGAUUCAAUUGACGAUCCAUUCUUCGAUAUGUAUGCAAUGGCGGAGAGUGAGAGUGAUGAAGAUGAUGAGACAGAGAGCAGCGUUGAUCUGCUGAUAAGGUUCUUACAAAGCAUGUUCAAGAAGGUCUCGAAGCGUGCCAAGAAAGCCUCGCGCUCUCUCUUGCCUCCGGCUAUAUCGCCACAGCUGGUGUCUUUUGCAGUUGAUGGGAUCCUGCUCUUGGCUUCUCUUUCAAUUAUUAAGGCAUUUCUUGAGGUAAUCUGCACACUCGGAGGCACUGUAUUUGUGGCACUUCUCCUGCUACGCGUGAUCUGGGCUGCUAUUGCUUAUUUUCAAUCCAGCGGGGAUGGUGUUAGCCAUGGUGGAAGUUUCUCUGGUGACACACAGCCGGUCACAUAAUUUACUGUUGGCAGUAACUUUCCUUUCCUACUCCUCAUGCACCUCAAUAUGCUUACUCAGAAAAAAAGUUCUAAACUAACAAGUAGUUGAAUUCGUAUGUAAAUUUAAUUAGGAAACCAAAUGUGAAUAGAAUGUCUUCCCAACUUCCCACCAUUUUUUUGUUAUUAAAAAACCUCUAUAGACCUCUUUCUAAGUCAUUAUGUUGCUUGAGUUUUUCCUUGUAUGAUUGCCACAGCUGGUCUUCCAGACUUUAUCACAAAGAUUGCUGCAUUCCUUUUC